CUACGAAGGUUUAUGGUGGUACAUAGCUAUGUCAUGUUGAAAUCUAUGUGAUAUUUGCUAGCUAGCUACACUGAUUCAAAUUGGAGCCAGCUAAUACUGUGUGUGAGCGCUGAUGACUUAAAGCCACCUUUUAGUUUCACCAGAGUAUUUUAGAAGACGUUUUAUAUUUAUAAUGACACUGGUAUAAUACACAAGAACUGCUGGUGUGGUGUCUUUUGAUAGACUAUGUAUUGUUUCUUACUUUUAAUGUUCAUUGAAACAACAUUUAUAUUUGCUAACACAAGAUCUAAUGAAAUUAUUCUUGUACCUUAUAACUAUCCGGGUUAUAUCAUUGGAUUUAAUGAGCAGCAAGAUAUAUAUGUUGUGGACGAUGUUGAAUACCGUUUUCGUAUCGUAAAAGGGUUAAACGGAGAACCAAGCACUAUAUCCCUUCAAUUUGGUGUAAGUGGAAACUCUUAUGUCACACACAAUGGAUCUCUUGUUUAUCUUCAAACAAAUGACAACACCUUUCAAUUCAAACAGAAGGCCUCAUUUUAUCCCAGGCUUAAUAAGUUUGUGUCUGGAUAUGUCGCUUUGGAAUCUUCGAGCAAACCGGGUCAUUUUCUUCGACUUCAAAAUUACACAAUGAAAUUACAUGCUGAAGAGAGAUUUGGCAACUUUAAAAAAGAUGCUAGUUUAUAUAAUUCUACAAUAACAACCGGAUUAUUAUGUGAAUCCCAGAAAUUAAAGAUUUCAUGUCAAUUAGGAGAAUCAAUAAAGUUUGUUUAUGGCAUGUAUGGACAUGAUGAAAGUGUAUCUAUUUGUGGAUAUGAUAAACAUGUUUCUUGUGCUUCCACAACGUCCUUAUCAACUUUGAAAAAAAAGUGUUUCAACAAACAGUCGUGUAAACUGUUUGCUUCAAAUUCCUGGUUUGGUGAUCCUUGUGUUGGUGUGAAGAAGUACUUGAAAGUUAUUUAUUAUUGUGUUAAAAGUGGAAUAAAUAACGAAGAAGGAAGCUUGGCAUGGAUUGCAGGUCCAGUGAUAUUUGUUAUAUGUUGUCUCUGUUAUGUCAGGAGAAGACGGGCACAACCUGUCCAGACUCAAGUCACAUUGCCUAAUGACCAUAAAAACAAUAAAACAGAAACAGCGCAGCAGGAAACACAACUCAACACUAAUGAAGAAAGCCAAGUGUCAGCAGUUAGUGAUCCCCCACCAACAUAUACACGAGCAAUUUUGUUGCCUGCAAUAAAAUUGGAUGACUUACCUCCACCAAGUUACACUGAUGCCAUUGCAAUGAUAGAACCUCUACCAUAUGAAGUUUCUGAAAUUGAUACUAGUAAAAAAUCUAUUGCAGACUUUCAUAAUAAGCCUAUAUCGCCGACAUAUCAACUUUAUGAAAGUGAUAUCAGUGAGCAAUCUAUGACAGGCUUUCAUAAUGCAGGUUACCACUACUCCUAACAACUUGGCUGUUGCACAACCAGACUUUUGCAGGUUGAUAUAUUUAAAUAUGUAAUAUAUAAAUUUUGUAAAAAGAUAGGGUUUGAGGUUUUUUACUGGUACAUUCUCUCAAUUUAUUCUAAUAUUGCCCCCCAAAAAAGGAAAAUAUGAAGAUUUACGGAGCAAAUCCUUCUUGUUAAAAUCAAGAGAUGGUUAUUUAAAUUAAAUUUAUGUUGGCAUGUCAAAUUUAAUAAUUGACUUAUGUAAUUUUUUUAUUUAUUUAAUUGUGUGCAUUUUACAAUAUAAUUAUAUGACAUUUUUAAAUAUUUAUUACACUAUUUUAAUUUAUUAUACACAGAGAUUUCCAAAGCAAUUUUUAGCAUCUUGUAAAUUUAAGAUAUGUUGAUAAUUUUUUUACAAAACUCAAAUCAUUGUGUCGUGUCAAGAGUGUUCAGAACAUGAAAAGAUUCUCACCCUCCCCAUAAGUUUUUUUAUAAUUCUCAUUAUUAGUAUACAUUAGUAUACCUAAUUUUUUGCUCUUUUGUAUUAUCCCAUAUUAGUUAUUCUUAAUACACAACCCUGAAAUAUAUGUGAACUCCUUGCAAUAAUUCUUGUAACUUUUAUUAUGAAUUUUAAACAUGUUAAAAUUGUAAAUUAAAAAUUGCAGGCAUAAUGCGUGUUUCAACCUAAAUUUCUU